UCUCAAAUGUUAUGCCACGUAAACAUAGGAUGGAAACAUAACAUGAGAGAAGAAGAAGAUCCCAUCCCACUGCACUUGGGAAAAGUGUGUGAGUGCGAUCGUUGUGUCCUACCCAAUACGCCAAUACCCAUCAUCAUCUUCUUCGGCAGAAGCAAAAACCUCCUUAACUCAUUACUACGUGUAACCUCUCAUGUGUCACAACAUGACUAGGAGUAGGGGCCAUGCUCAAAGUCACAACCACUCUCUCACACAACCCACUCUCUCAAACUAACAAGGAAAUUAUUCCAUGGAUUCCAAGGCCUCCAAAUUCCACGCGCUCAGCGGCUCCCUCGCUCGGCGCGUGUUCUUCCGCGCAAUAUUCCUGGCCUCCGCCGUUUCCCUCGUUUCCCUGCUCCGCUUCCUCCCCACCGUUGAUUUCGAAUCUCUGGCUCCCAAGACCUACGUUGACUGCAUCAACGACUCAGAUUCUCUCUCCCAAAACGCCACUUUGACCGCCGGUUCCUACUUGUUCCAGAGCCGCAUCCUCAACACCUUCUGGGGCUCCUUCGACUCCAUGAACUGCAGAAACGACACCGGUUUAGCUUCCGCCGUCAUCGCCGCCUUGAUGGGUAAACGACUCUUGGACGGCGCCGCCAACUCUCUCUGCGUCGGAGAAGCCUCACCCACCAUUGUCUCCGCAAUGCAACGCUUGGGAUUCUCACGUGUCGUUGGCCUCCACAAGCACCCCUUUUUCUCCCUCAACAAUAAGAACAUCGCCUGCAAGUUUGACUACAAAGCCUCUUCCUUUGACUUCGUGUUCUCCAUGGAUGUCGACAAGGUUUCUGUCCCUGCGUUGCUUGUGCUCGAAGUUGAGCGCAUCCUUAAGCCUAGUGGAAUCGGGGCCUUGCUUGUGGGUUCCAAUUCAUCCUCCGUGUCUUCGUUUUUAAGAUCUUCUAGUGUGGUGCAUGUUGGUUAUGUCAGCGAGCUUAAGCUCGUGGUUUUCAAGAAAAUGUCCUUUUUUUAUAACCAUUUUCUUCCCGAAGAUUGUGCUACUGCUAAGGUUGCAUUCACCAAGCCGUUGGUGGAGAUGAUGGAGCCUCUGGUGGAGGACAGAGAUAGACAAGAUGGAAAGUAUGAGAAAAGUGUCUCUUAUUUGCCUACGUUUGUGGACGUUUCUAGGAGGAAGAGGUUGGUGUAUAUUGAUAUUGGGGUGAGUGGGUUGGUGAAUGCAAAUGUGACUGAUUGGUUCCCACCCUCUUAUCCCAUUGAUCUUAAAGCUUUCAGUGUGUUUUUUGUUCACUACGAUGCUUCUCUGUUGUUGUCCCAUGUGAAACGACCGCGUGUUACUUUUGUGUAUCAUCCGGGGUUGGCUGGGAAUGUUGCAGCAAAGAGUGGUGUGGAUGGAGAUGUGGAUUCGUUUUUGGGAGAGGAGGAGUUUAAUUUCCUUGUGUGGUUCAAGGAAACUGUGCAGUAUGCGGAUUUUGUGGUUCUCAAGAUGAAUGCAGGGGAAGUUGAAAUGAAGUUCCUGGUGGAUAUAUUUGAGAGUGGAGCAAUAUGCUCUGUUGAUGAGUUGUUUCUUAGCUGCUCAGAGAGUGGUGAAAGUGAAACUAUGAGCAGUAGAAGAAGGGAAAGCUGCAUGGAUAUUUACAAGGGUCUCAGAAGCAAUGGUGUUUAUGUUCAUCAAUGGUGGGAUGCCAAAUUGCAUCAAGGGUCUCAAGUGUCAUAUGUACAGUGAUUGUGUGAGACAAAUUGUAUCUGUUUUGUGUGUUUCAUUUCAUGUAUUGGAUUACAGAACAACUAUCUAGCGGUGGUGUUUUUGACUUUUUGUUGUCUUUCAAGGAAGUAGCGAGGUAAUGCUAA